AUGGCCGACCUUGCCCCAGACUGGGCCGAGGCGCAUGCAGCUGAAGUGGAGGCCCUUCGAGCCGAAGCUCAAAUUCCAUACCGUGGUCUUGGACCCCGAGACUUCUUUGAGACUUCCCAGGCUGCAUCGGACCCGUCCAAAGCUGACGAAGCCGAGCAGGCGGUCGAGACGGCACCCAGCAGCCUGAGUAAUGCUAACGACGCUUCUGCGAAUGUGCGCGCGGAAGACGUGCGAGAAGACAAGGAUUCCCCGGCAGCGUCCAAAGGUGACGGUGGCCUCCGGGAAGAGGGCUCCGACUCGGAUGCCCUGCAGCUCGAUGGUGCGGGCGAGGUGGCCUCAGCUCUGGCAGCGAUGAUGUCUGCCGUCGGUGGCCUCCAGAAGUCGAUUGGAUCCUUGGAGGAAGUGGAGCUCCCCAUCGACAGCGCGCCGCUUGCGGUGGAGGAGAAGGAUGAUAGACCUGCGCCUGGCGGUGUGGCUGAGAUCCUUGCCGGGCUGAAUGCAGCGAUGGGUCCCGUGAGAGAGGAGGCGCCUGCAACACCGGCGCCCGCGGCAGAGCAGGAGCUUUCUCUGGAAGAGUUGGAGGACCGGGUGCUUCUGCAGAAGGUUCUGGUCAAGCAGCUUAGGUCGGAUUACGAGGCGCGGUUCGAGCGAAGCCAGUCGCUGCAGCAAGCCUUGGACGACCUGGGAACAGAGCCACAAGAGCUCCAGGAUUCUUGCCAGUUUUGUCACAUGGCGCACGACCAGGAGGGCAAGGAGGCUCCUGCGGUCGCUCGAUGCCGGUCAGAGGCUCCAGCUGCUGCUGGAAGUGGUGCAGCAGCGGGCGCAGCAGCAGUCAUUCUCCUCUUUGGCUGUGCGAGUCGUGCAUGUGCUGGAGCAUGCGAUUGCAGAGCAGACCACGCGAGGCGAGCCCAGCCGGCAACGCGGACACCUCCGCCAGUUGCGCCGAGCCCUUCAGAAGAUGACGCUUUCGAGCGCCGUGAGGUACUUCGUGACUUGGCUUCCGGCGGCGGUGGUGGAGGCUUUGCGGGAUCUCCGUGA